AUGGCCUCUACUGCCGUUCUAUCGCGGCGGUUGCUAUUCUCCAAAACCGCAAAGCAUGGACUUAGGGAGUCGCGGAAUGUGCUUCGUCUUUCAGAUGCGCUCAGGUCCCAAGUGCCGGCCUACGCCUCGCUGGCUAGAUACUAUGCUUCCAAAUCUUACCCUCCUCACACCAUCAUCAGCAUGCCUGCCUUGUCGCCUACCAUGACUGCUGGAAACAUUGGAGCUUGGAAUAAGAAGGCUGGCGACACCCUCUCCCCGGGAGACGUACUAGUGGAAAUUGAAACCGACAAGGCCCAGAUGGACUUUGAGUUCCAGGAGGAGGGUGUUUUGGCAAAGAUCUUGAAGGAUGCUGGUGAGAAAGAUGUUGCUGUUGGUAACCCAAUUGCCGUCAUGGUCGAAGAAGGCGAAGAUAUCACCCCAUUCGAAUCAUUCAGCCUUGAGGAUGCUGGCGGUGAUAAGACUCCUGCUGCUGAUAAGUCGCCCAAGGACGCCCCCAAGUCGGAGGAGGCUGAGGCCAAGUCCGCCCCGUCUCCAGCCGUGGAAGAGAACAAGCCAGAUGCCCAGGAAGCAGACACAACUGGCGAGAGACUGCAGCCCAGUAUCGACAGAGAGCCACUAGUUAGCCCGGCUGCCAAGGCUCUCGCUCUGGAAAAGGGUGUUGCUAUCAAAGACGUCAAGGGAACCGGCCCUGCUGGCCGUGUCACUAAGGAGGAUGUCGAGAAACACCAGCCAGCCGCUGGCGCCGUCGGUGCCGCUGGUCCAGCAUACGAAGACGUCCCGGCCUCUUCAAUGCGCAAGGUCAUCGCCAACAGACUUGCUCAGUCCGUCCGCGAGAACCCACAUUACUUCGUCUCCUCCACCCUAUCCGUCACCCGACUUCUCAAGCUUCGCCAGGCUUUGAACGAAUCCGCUGACGGCCGGUACAAACUCUCUGUAAACGACUUCCUCAUCAAGGCCUGCGCUGUCGCCCUCAAGCGGGUUCCUACCGUUAACUCCCGAUGGAUUGAGCAAAACGGCCAAGUGAUGAUCCGCGAGCAUAAGACCGUCGACAUCAGUGUUGCCGUUGCCACCCCAACCGGCCUCAUCACUCCCAUCGUGAAGGGCGUCGAGGGACUCGGACUGUCCAACAUCUCCAGCCAGGUCAAGGAUCUUGGCAAGCGUGCAAAGGAGAAUAAGCUCAAGCCUGAGGAAUACAAUGGCGGCACUUUUACUAUUAGCAACAUGGGUAUGAACCCUGCUAUUGAGCGCUUCACCGCCGUUAUCAACCCUCCCCAGUCCGCCAUCCUCGCUGUGGGUACUACCCGCAAGGUGGCUGUUCGCUCCGAGCUUGAAGAAGGCACGGAAGUCGAGUGGGACGACCAGAUCGUGGUCACCGGAAGCUUCGACCACAAGGUCAUCGAUGGCGCCGUUGGAGGCGAAUUCAUGCGCGAGCUCAAGAGAGUCGUCGAGAACCCUCUCGAGCUCCUCCUCUAA